UUUGGGUUUGUGAUGUGACGUCAUCCAGCGGCGCCGCGCUCCUGCGCCUGUUUUGAUUCACCUGAAGAAAGGACUCCUGCUGAAGCGACUGAGAUCCACGUGACUCUAUUAUAGAUGGCGUUUAUUAAAGAGGAGAGUGAAGAUGUGAGGAUUGAGGAAGCGUUCAGAGUCAAACAUGAAGAUACUGAGGAACACACAGACCUGAUGCAGCUGAAAGAGCAGAGUCAAGAACUGAACGAUGUGAAGCAAGAGAAACAUCUGUAUGAGAAACAUCAUAAUGCAAACAAUAUUUUAGUUGAUCAGAUUAAAAAGUCUUCCUCAAGAAAAAGAGCUCAAACAACUAGAUCUAGAAGUUAUUUUACCUGCCCUCAGUGUGGAAAGAGUUUCACAGUUAAAGAAAAUCUAAAUACUCACAUGAUGAUUCACAUGGGAGAGAAGCGUUAUACCUGCCAACAGUGUGGAAAGAGAUUCGCUAAAAAACAAAGGCUUAAAAUCCACAUGAGGAUUCACACUGGAGAAAAGCCUUAUACCUGCAAACAGUGUGGAAAACAUUUCACAGAAAAAGGAAACCUUGAAGUCCACAUGAGAAUACACACUGGAGAAAAACGAUUCACAUGCCCUCAGUGUGAAAAGAGUUUCACUGGAAAUGGAAGUCUUAAAAUCCACAUAAGAAUUCACACUGGAGAAAACCCUUACACCUGUCAACAGUGUGGAAAGAGUUUUACACAUAAAGCAACGAUUAAUGGCCACAUGAGAGUUCAUACUGGAGAGAAACCUUACUUAUGCCCUCAGUGUGGAAAGUGUUUUUCACAUCAAGGAACCCUUAAUGCCCACAUGAGGGUUCACACUGGAGAGAAACCUUUCACCUGCCCUCAGUGUGGAAAGAGUUUCACAGUUAAAGGAAAUCUAAAUACUCAUAUGAGGAUUCACACUGGAGAGAAGCCUUACACCUGCCAACAGUGUAAAACUAGUUUCACAUAUCUCAGACACCUGAAAUGUCAUUUGCAAACUCAUUCUGGAAAGAAAUUGCAAUGUUCCUCAUUGUGAUGAGGUUUGAAAAACCUAGCAAUUUCAAAAAUCAACUGUGCAGCACUCUGCAUGGAGGGCACUUCAUUGUGAUCAUUGUGCUGAAAGAAAAAUCACACUUACAUAUAUACCUGUAAUAUCAUGCAGAAGUGAGACCCUAUUUGUGUUCUUUGUGUACAUUCUUUUUAAAGUUUAACUGUCUCAGCAAUUUAAAAUGGCACCAGAAGAUAUGUGGGAGAGUGAAAUUAAUUUUGAUUGAAUAGAGGCAUCACUUUUAUACUUGAUUUAGGUUAAUACGUCACAAUCAAAAUAUUACAUAAACUUCCAUUUUGCUGUGACAGACACAAUGCAAAUAAAAAAAAUUAUAAAUAAAAAGGACAUAAACUGAGGGAAAUGAAUAUUGCACUGCAUUUUUUGAUGUAUCUUUAGGGAGAGAAUGCACAGGUAAACAUGUUUUCAGUCUGGAUUUGAUUAGGGCUACUUUUGAGACUUCUUUGAUGACAUCUCUAAAUUAUCAAAAAUAUGUGUGCGAACACUUUGAAAUAUCUGGAUUUCUGAUUUGAUCUUAAUUUCUACUUUUCACAUUUUAAUUUAAUACAUGAAAAUCAUUUACAGUGCAGGGUAGAGAAAGUAAGUGAACCCUUGAAAUUAAUAAUUGUAGAUUAUUAGACUUUUGACCAAUUUUGGGUCAUCGCUCCUGGCAAAUUUGUUUCAGUUUAUCAAUGUUUAGGUAAAGCAACAGCAUGAAAUGGCAGGGCUCAGAAAAGCAUAUACACUAACAGUGAUGGGCAGUAGUGUCGCUACAAGUAGUGACCCUACUUGCUUAACUACAUUUCUCAGUAGCGUGGUGGUAGCAUUGCUGUUUUCUGAAUUUAAUAGCUUUUCAGUAGUGAAGCUCUGUUUUUGAUCAAGUAGCAUGUUAGCAUCAACAAAAGUUACAUUAUCCAAAGCAUUUCUGAAGCUCAAGCUCAAAUCGGAAAUAUAACUGCUCGGGAUCACUGAUCCUGGAUCAAUAAGUGAUGCCACUAAACCCUGUAAGUUUAUUGGCACCUCAAACUGUCAGUCAAACCUCAUUAUUCUUCAUGAUAGCUUCCAUAGCACCAUUCAUUCCUUAGGAUCCAAACGGAUGAAUUUAAAAGCCACCAAACACUUCCAUGUUUUCCCUAUUUAAAGAAGGUUACAUGAGUAGUUACCGAGGUCGAAGUGCUGUGAAGUGCUCUUCCACCAUACAUUAUAGUCAUCAUUUUUAUCCGCUUAGGAAAUCGCCACUGUAUAUUUUGUGUCACCAUACUAACUUGUGUAACAACUCAUGUAACCAUCUUUAAAUAGGGAAAACAUGGAUGUGUUUGGUGGCUUCUAAAUUCAUCCCUGUUUUGAUCCUAAGGAAUGAAUGGUGCUAAGCUAAACGCUAGCAUAGUGGUGCCAUGCACUACAGCGAUUGAGUGCACGCACUGAGACGGGAAAGGUACGUAUCAACUUGUCUAAGUUGAGGGAAGAACAUAGUGAAAUAUAGAAAAACUGGUGUUUUCCUUUAAAGACGUAAUCAAAUAGAAGAUGAACACUAUUAACAGCAAUUAUUAUAUGAUGCAAUCAAAUUUAUAGUAAAAUUUAGUUUUGUAUGUUGUUUCAGUGUUGGCAUCAUCUGAG